GAAGACUAGCUACAGAACGUAAACAACGCCUGUGAAAAAGGAUAUGUGCGACAAACGUUUAUGUCAAACUGUUUUUCUUUUAUGUUUGAUAAUUGUAGAAAUACUCCACUUUAACGUAUUUUAUUCUUCUGGUAGGGUACAUUUUAAAACGUAAUUUACUUCUGUACGAACUUACGUGUAAGAGAGAGGGACUAGCGACGGCAAGCUACAAUACAGUAUGCCUCAAGAAGUUCAAGAUGAGCACGAACAGCUCCAAUAUGUUAGGUCCGUGAAUACCGGAAUACCUUCGUAUGCUGUGUUUUGUAAUCGAAGUCCCCGAACAGCACGGAUGUAUUGGAUUAAUUUCAGCGGACAGCCUCAGGCCUAUGCUGAUUUACAUCCAGGAACAGGUCGAAAAAUGAACACGUAUGUAGGCCAUCCCUGGAUGUUCAGAGACGCAGAGACAGACGAGCCACUCAAGGUUAAUAACACAAGAGAACUGUUCCUGCCUAAAGCGACAGGAACUGGAGAGGCGGAUUUCAUCAACAUCACCUUACCAGUUUUCAGUCUGAAGGAGCGUGCCCUCCAAGUUGUCCGGCAGCUUGUGCGGUCAGAGGACUACAGGAGACUUGAAAUAGCCCGUUGCCUACACGAGGAGUUGGAGGAUCAACCUAGUAUGCUGAAAGACCUAAAACGCAUUGGCCAGCGUGUGAGACAGCACCUGGAGGAGAAAAGGCCAAACCAGGAGAAGCAGGCUGAGGGAGGAGGCCAGCUGCAUUGAGAAGUUAGGCCAUCUGGUGAAGAUAUUGAUUGAGUUGAUAAAACAUCCUACAAAUAGAAAAACUGUAAAAAGUAUACACACACACACACACACACACUAUCUGCUCUACAUCAUAUUCAACAAAAUAUUUAACAGUAUGCCCUGUAGCAUGGACCUGUGUGGGAUAACACUGACCUCAAUCCUGUGAAGCGUAAAUGUGAGAAGUAUAAUAUGAACAAGAUACAAGGAUUAGUAAUCACAACGUUAUGCUCAGUGGUUCUGAAAAUAUUAUUUUCUUACUGAAAAUAUUAACUUACUUUUUCUACUUUUGUAAAUUAACCAUAUAUUUUAAUUUGUAUAUACAUAUUUAUAACUGUAUAUUAAACCUAUUUUGAAAUCUG